AUGUCUCAAGAAGAAGACGACGCCUUCUCAGGCCCAUUGUUGAUCGAACAACUCGAAGGCAAUGGUAUAUCCAUUGGAGAUAUCAAAAAACUUAAACUAGAAGGGUAUCACACCGUGGAAAGUGUUGCGUACGCGCCCAAGAAGGCUCUCCUCACUGUGAAGGGUAUUUCGGAGGCAAAGGCUGACAAGAUCAGUCAGGAAGCUGCCAAAUUGGUUCCUAUGGGGUUCACAACCGCGUCAGAAUUCCAUAACAGAAGAUCUGAGCUCAUCUGCUUGACCACUGGUUCGAAGCAAUUGGAUACACUUUUGGGUGGUGGUAUUGAGACGGGUUCUAUCACAGAGGUGUUUGGAGAGUUCAGAACCGGAAAAUCUCAACUAUGCCAUACCUUAUCUGUAACCUGCCAGCUACCCAUUGAUAUGGGCGGAGGCGAGGGUAAAUGCUUGUAUAUUGACACCGAAGGUACGUUUAGACCUGUUCGUCUUGUCUCUAUUGCACAACGUUAUGGGUUGAACCCAGACGACUGCUUAGAUAAUGUCGCAUAUGCAAGAGCUUACAAUGCUGAACAUCAGUUUCAGCUUCUACACCAGGCUGCACAGAUGAUGUCUGAGUCGCGGUUUUCGUUGUUGGUGGUAGAUUCCAUCAUGUCCUUGUACAGAACAGACUACUCAGGAAGAGCAGAGCUUUCCGCGAGACAAACACACGUGGCCAAAUUUAUGCGUACGCUUCAGAGAUUGGCCGACGAGUUUGGAAUUGCGGUAGUUAUUACCAACCAGGUUGUUGCUCAAGUCGAUGGUGCAGCCAUGUUCAAUCCUGACCCCAAGAAGCCCAUUGGAGGUAACAUCAUUGCACACAGUUCGACCACAAGAUUGUCGUUCAGAAAGGGAAGAGCAGAGCAAAGAAUCUGUAAGAUCUACGACAGUCCAUGUUUGCCAGAGAGCGAGUGUGUCUUUGCAAUUUAUGAGGAUGGUAUUGGCGACCCUAAGGUCGAAGAAGAGGUGUAG